GGCCGCGCAGUGUGUGAGUAAACUUCGUUCGAAUCGGUUGCGCCCGUUUUUAGUUCGCGUUAACAUACGAAGAAAGAAUUUAAUACCAACUUUUUGAACCGCUGGAGUAAGGACUCCAUUAAAUAUAUCUUCAAAUGCAAAGUGGAAAAAUUUGUUUCAUUGCGAUUUAAUGUACAAAUGUGGAAUGUUGCCUUUUCAGCAAAAAUUAAGCCCACGAAGUGCGCUAGAAAUCUAGUAAAAAUUAUAAGUGAAAGUGAUGCAUGAAGAGUAACAUCAGGCAGAAGCAAUAUAACAUGUCAAAGUGGCUUAAGAAAGAAGAAAUUGAUGAUGCAUACGUUUUCUCAUGGGCAGAUUUGUUCUGUUUGGCGACUGAAUCGUUUUUCUUAUUAUUUAAUGUUAUUUCAACGACGCUUCAAAACGUAUGCGUAAAAAAACAAAAAAAUGAAUUAUUGUGGAAGUGAAUAACGAUAAUUGUGUGCACUAGACAAGUAUUUUGUGUGUAUGUAGUCAAUCUUGCUAUUGGGAUUUUAUAUUGCUGAAAUGUGAUGCUUGUCUGGCACAUAUAAUUUCUAUUGCUUGUUAUCUCGGAAAUCUUAAUGCAAUAAACUGCAAUAGAUAAAUAUUAAUCAAGUGUAGGUGGUAUAUAAAAUAUGAACGAACUAUCAGACUGCACCACAAUAUACAGUGAUACUUCAUAAUUGUUGCUAAAAUCUCAACUUCUCAAAUAAAACAAUAUUGAGCGAUAGGAAACAAACAAUAAUGAACCAAAGUUACUUUAGUUCCGCCGACAUAAAUUAACUAUUGAGCACUGACCAGCAGAAUCGAUUCAGUGCAUUUCGUUUGAUCUGGGAUCAUGAUCAAGUUAAAAUCACUCUUUCGCAGAGGUCAAGGUCCUUCGGGAUCGAAACAUUCAUCGCAAUCGACAAACAAUAUCGCAACUACGAAUGGCGCCAGUAUUAAAGGUGCGUCAUCUGUAUCUAGCUUAGAUCGUGUUGGCGUUGCACCCGCACCGAAACCGAGCACUAAGCAUAAUCGAUUACUGCACGGUUCCAAGGACAAACUUGAUCAAUACAGCUCGAGUAGUCACCAUCAUCACGCUAAGAGUUCUAAAGAAAAACUGCCCGAUUUGAAAUAUUGUGGAAAAGAAAAAUCGGGUGGUCGAAGUGUCGCCAAGUCAACAAGUCAAAUGCCUCUAGUACAGCCACAGCCUGCCCACCAUCAGUUAGAGCAAUUUCAAUUCGGCCAUCACUCGUCACGACCUGCGCAGCAACGGGGUGCAAGCCGCAACGAAUUGGAUCAACGCGAUGAUGAUGCCUACUCUAGCGCUACAGAGGAAAUAGUCAUUUCGAAUGAUUUAACCGAGAUCUGCUUCGAUGGUCCAAUGGAGGCUCAGAAAAAUAAUAAAAUACAUGGACUUCAUGCCAGUUUGGAUAAACUGAAGCAUGAUAAUGCUGCUUUAGAAGAGAAAGUCAUAGAGAUGUCGGUUUACCAGAGGGAAAUUCAGAUUCUUCGAGAAGAGAUCAGCAAAUUGCAUGCUACGCAAGAAAUCAGCAAUAAUGAACUGCAUCGAUUGCUUGAUGAAAAUGAAACCCUCCGAGAUCGUCUGAAAACUGUUGUACAAUCACCACUGUCCGACUCUGAAAAGCAGCAGAUAAUAAAGGAUUCUCAAAGACUUCACAGUUCGGCACCUGCAUCGAUUGCCUUACCAAAUAAUUUGGAUAUGGAAGGAACUCCUUGUGGCACUCCGGACUGGGAUAGGCAGUCAUCCAGUAGCGAAAUAGCAGUCGCUUGCUUGCAGGACAAGAUUACCCAGAUGGAAGAAACCCAUUAUUCUACAAACGAAGAACUACAGGCCACACUUCAGGAGCUUGCCGAUUUACAGUCACAAAUAAUAGAACUACAGAGCGACAAUGAACGCUUGGCAGAGGAGAAAGAUGUAAUUUUCCAGUCUCUGUGUCGCCAAACUGAAAAACUGGAAGACUCUCGAACUCAGAUUGGAACUCUUCAAACACUAUUGUUAAGAGAGCCAAAUCAACAAGAUGGUGGUUCUACGGAACGUGAACAAAAAUUAGUAGAGCUGUUGAAAAAUGCUCAAGAAGAGAGAGAAAGUCUUAUGUUGAAACAGGAAGAAUUGAAUUCCGAACUAAACGAAAUUAAGGUGGCCUUGGAAGAUAGAACCAACGAGAAACUAAGACUGCACGAGCGAAUCGGUGUGCUCGAAUCUACUAUUGAUGCAACAAAUGCCGAAAGAACUGAAAUUGAUACACAACUGUUGCAAUCCAAAGAGGACAGCUCAGUGAAACAGAUCGAAAUUAGUCGGUUGACGACGUUAUUGGAAAACGCGCGAGCUAAGAUCGAUGAACUAGAACAAGAUCGUGCCUUGGGUGACAAGUCUGACCUAAGAGAGCUUUUAGAUACCGCAAGAAAAGAGAAAGACGCAUUGGAAAUUCAAGUAGCAUCGCUCCAGGAGCAAUUAUCGAUUAGUCAGUGUGAGAUUCAAAAACUUAAAGAUCAACUAGCGAGAAUAAGCGAAGAAUGUAAAGUUGUAAGAAAUAAUGCAAAAUGUGUUAUAUCUGAUUUGGAGUACAAGCAUGAGACGAUUAAACAAGAAAAAAAUAAAAUUGCCAGUGAUUGUCAGCAACUACAGGAAAAUGUAAACGAAUUGCAGGUUCAGAACAAAUGUCUCGCCGAGGACAAAGCACAGUUGGAAGCUUUACUAUCCGAGACUCAGCGACAUCUAGGAGACACAGAACGAUUGCUUGCAGAAAAGACUGAUGAAUUAAACCAAGAGAUUAGUUUAAGGAAACAGGAGAGUGAUGAGUGGGAACGAUUCCAGUCGGAUUUGUUGAUGACAGUACGCGUGGCCAAUGACUUCAAAACUGAAGCUCAUAAUGCACGGGAACAAUUAGCGCUGGACAAUAAAGCACUUCGUGAGCGUAUACGCAUCAUGGAGCAGCAAAUCGAAAAGCUAAAUAAUCAUGUUGGUAAAAAUGUAGAAGGGAAGGAAUGUGCCUUAUAUACAAGUUUCGAAAAACUAAACGAUCUCAAGAAGGGUUUAUCCGCAUCUAUUGAAAAUCUGGAUACAUAUGAUAGGAACGUAGAUGAGUUUUCCAAUCAAGUUAAACUGUUGCGAAAUCAGAUGAAUUCAUUCACAUUAAAGGAGGAUCGCAACAACUUAACUAUGACAAAUUUACAAACUAAACCCCUAAUUGAAAAACCUUUUAACUCAGAAGAUGAGCAAAAUCAUGAAAUAUUCGAGACAUUGCCGCCUCUUCCGACUUCUAAACCACCCAAAAUGUCAGUCCGGUUCAUAGAAGAUGAUAAAAACAUGCAUAUUGGUCCAAUCUUGGCUGAGUCUAACCGUUGUUCCUAUGAAAUAGAAAAAAUCAACAGCCUUCCCUGGCAAAAAAGACAGGAGUUUCGAAACGUCACUCCCGGAUUAAUAAGUACUCCAACACAAGAUGUAACAUCAAGCCCUUCAUCUAGUACAGAUUCACCUGUAAAUUCGUCACCAGAUCCAAAUUUUCGCCCGAUUGCAAUUUCCAGAAGCAAUGAGAAUCUAACGCAUCAAAAUAUCCGAUUGGUUAGACCAAUACCUUUAUUCGCCUCUGCCAGUGUUCAAGAUUUACGACCAAAUUGCUCUGAGAAGCAGGGAAGCUUGGAUUCCAUGUUCUAUUCAAAAAGCUCGGAUGAUCUUAUUCUUCCAGAUAUUGACGGAAUGACAAAAACAACAAACUUAGCCAAGUUCAAAAAAUAUCGUUGUAAUAGAUCAAGUAGCACGAGCUUAAGUAAUCUUAGCACCAAGGACGAUGAAUCAGAAUCACUGUAUGCAAACAUGUCGUUCAGUCAUAAGCCAAUAUCACAUGAAAAAAAUCAAAACGCAACCAACAAGAAACCCAAACCUUUACCACGUACAGAUAGCAUAUAUGAACUGGAAGAAACCACCGUUAAAACUACUAAACCAAAAACUUUGGUUUACGUAAUUGACAAGUUAACGAAUGAGUUUGUGCUCACUGACGACAUGCAGGAAAAACCGUCCGCCAGACAAAAAGAAGAAUAUUCUCGGAAAUAUCGCGAAUGUGCGAAUGCUUAUGAUGAUGUCGAAUUAAAUCAAUUAAAAAAAACUUCUUUCGUAUUGAACAAAACAAAAUCUGCUAACCCAAAAGAAGGUACCGUUGGAGGGAGGUGGAGUAGUGAUACUGAAAAGUUUAUAGUCGCAUCAACGGAAUCCCACCAAUCCAUCUUCAAUACAGUUCAACAAGAGAUGGCUGUGAGGCGACAGCAAAAAUCAGCCAUACAGCGACAAGACUCUCGCUUGUCGGUGAAAAGUCUAAUUGAGAGUAUCGAAAAUUCCGCCAAACAGGCUAAGGUGUCUGCCGAUUCACGAUGCAGCUCAAAUUCCAGUAUUAAUAGCAUACCACCUGACACAAUUGUCAAUCCAACGAUGAUAAACACCAAUAGUCCGAAAAACGCUGGCCUUCACAAUGGUGGUGAAACCAAUAGUGUGCUUCACACGAUAUCAUCAGUAAACGCCAAAAGCCCUCUGCGUGAACAACAACAGCCUACGGUUGGAAGCAACAUUAGUAGUAACCCCAAGAACAAUUCCACAGAUACAGUAUUGCUGAUUAAAACCCAAAACCUCAUCGCAAAUAGCAGUGGUAAUCUUGACAGUAGUAAUAAUAAUAGUAGUAAUUACAGUAAUAAUAACAUUAAUUGCAACAAUAAAGUUUCCACACUGAUCAGUAAUAACUACAAUCAUACUGGAAAACUCUAUAAACAACAAACUGAUGAUCACGUUACCGCUUCGAUACUGUCACACAAGACGAUGGAUUAUGUUCGACGAAAUAGCUACGGCGAUAUAAGUGACCGAAAGGAUCCGUUGAAUGCACUUGUGAAAAAUGGAGGUUCCAAACGAAACGCUUUGCUGAAGUGGUGUCAGAACAAAACGGUAGGCUACCGGAACAUAGAUAUAACUAACUUCAGUUCCUCGUGGAAUGAUGGCCUUGCACUGUGCGCCAUCAUACAUUCCUAUUUACCGGACAGGAUUCCGUACGACAAACUGAGUCCCAGUGACAAACGACGCAACUUUAGUCUGGCCUUUGCUGCGGCCGAAAGUGUUGGAAUACCAACUUCACUAAAUAUUGAUGAAAUGUGUCAGUUGGAACGGCCAGAUUGGCAGCAAGUGAUGGGCUAUGUAACGGCUAUCUAUAAACAUUUUGAGACGUGAUAUCGGAUGCAAGUUUGUUUAGUAUCUCUAAGACUUCCACUUUUGCAAUUAUUUGUUUGUUUUAGUCGCGUUACACUUCCGUUAUUUAUUGCAUUGCGUCACAAAAAUCGCUGCGUUGUUGAAUACCUGAUUUAAAUUUGAGAUGAAAUUAAAGAUAUUCCUUUAUUUUAGCUGUCGACGAAA